AAAUUAAAGACAAAAUUCCCAUUCAUCUUUAAGACGGAUUUUGUCUUCAAGUAUUUCCAAACUUCCUAUUCAUCUUUCAAAAACUUCCUAUUUAUCUACCUUGUUCUCAACAAUGAAGUAUAGCUACAAACAUUUAUCUUUGAUAGCGUGUCUCUCUCUCUCUCUUAAUAUGUAUAUUGAUGAUUGUUUGAGGUUAUGAUAAUCAUCAUAUUAUUGUUGACGGAAGGAAUAUUGGCACCCUUUGGUUAAGCUUCAUUAAAUUUUCUACUUAGAGAUGGCAUGUGAGAUAAAGACAUGGUUUGUGAUGACUAUUCUUUUCUUGUCUGCAAACUAUUUGCAACAUUGUGUCUAUGGAAAAUCCCAAGUUCCUUGUCUGUUUAUUUUUGGAGACUCUUUAUCUGAUAGUGGAAACAACAAUAACCUUCCUACCUCUGCAAAAUCCAAUUACAAACCUUAUGGAAUCGAUUUUCCAACAGGUCCAACUGGAAGAUUUACCAAUGGUCGAACUUCAAUUGACAUUAUAACUCAACUUCUUGGAUUUAAGAAAUUCAUUCCACCAUUUGCAAACACUAGUGGUUCAGACAUACUCAAAGGUGUGAACUAUGCAUCUGGAGGAGCUGGAAUUCGUAUUGAGACAAGCAUGACUAUGGGUUCUGUUAUCAGCUUGGGACUACAGUUAACAAAUCACAGAGUUAUAGUGUCUCAAAUUGCUACCAAACUUGGCAGUCUAGACAAAGCUCAACAAUACCUUAACAAAUGCUUGUACUAUGUGAAUAUUGGCAGUAAUGAUUACAUAAACAAUUACUUUCUUCCCCAAUUCUACCCAACAAGACUCAUUUAUAGCCCUAAGCAGUAUGCAGAAGCUCUUGUUGAAGAGUUAUCUUCGAACUUACUGAGUCUACAUGACACUGGAGCAAGAAAAUAUGUGUUAGUUGGGUUGGGGCUUUUAGGCUGCACUCCAAAUGCCAUCUUUACUCAUGGGACAAAUGGGUCCUGUGUUGAUGAGGAGAAUAUCCAUGCAUUCAUUUUCAAUGCCAAACUUAAAUCUCUAGUGGAUAAUUUGAAUUACAAGUUCUCUGCUGAUUCCAAAUUCAUCUUUAUAAAUAGUACAUCACAUGGUCUCCAGAAUGCAGAUGGGAUCUCAGGUUUUGGUGUUUCAAAUGCUCCUUGUUGUCCAUCAAGGUUAACUGGAGGGUGUAGUCCUAAUGAAAGGCCAUGCUAUAAUAGGAGUGAGUAUGUGUUUUGGGAUGAAUUCCAUCCCACUGAGGCUUGGAACUUAUUCACUACAAUAAGGUCUUAUAAUUCAUGUAACUUAGUCUCCACCUAUCCAAUGGAUAUUAAGCACCUUGUUGACUAAGAAACUAAGAUGGAAUCGGAACCCAUAAAUGAGAUCACAUCACAGCUUAUUGCCCCUAGUUCAAUUGGUUCAAGUUAUUAGUAUGUGGUGAUUGAUAAAGAGCUAUUAGUUUAAUACAUCUUCAUAAAACCAAUUUGUAAUAAAACCAAUUUGUAAUAACGUGAGUGAUAUAAUUUUUUAUAAACUAUUUAGAGCUUCAUCUA